AUGACUUCAAUGAUAGAUACCAACCUCAUCCGUAUCCCCCUCGCGCGAGCUUUAGAACGUUCCGAACCAGAGGUCAAUGGCGACACAGCGAUGAAGAGCUUCGGGACGACUUGCACCGAUGGACAAGUACCAAUCACUACCAUGCCUACUUCCGGAGAGGUCAUCUGCGGUCCCGUUACCUCCCCGGUCCGUAUGAGUUACGGUGUAGCGGUCACUCUCAUCGUCCUGUCGGUCAUGCUUCUCAUCAUCUUGCCGAUCAGUCUCAUCUGCUUGAAACACUACAACGUCCGCCGUCAUCAAAGGAACGAGAGGCACAUCACCGCCAAUCCGGCCUUGCUUGCCGUUCCCGUCUUGGCCAAGGACGCAGAGUGGGCCGACUCGCCGAUCACGCCGACAGAAGAGGAAGGAAAGCAGAGAGAUGGAAUGCUCGAUCGAGCCACACGCGGUCGCGGAUGGGGGAUCUUCCGUGGUACUCGCUGA